CUUUUUGAGAAUAACAAGCCUCCUUACGAACAGUCAUUAUCCUUUCUCCCCUGCCUUUCCCGGACGAUCCAGAUUCGCUCUAUUACCACGCAACAAAUGCCUAAGCUGGCAAGCUACAAGCGCAUAAUCCUUUGCGCCGACGGGACAUGGCUGGCAUCUGACGAGGGCGACAAGUCUGUGCCUUCGAACGUUGCGAAGAUCGCUCGAGCGAUUGCGACCAGUGGCCCCGAUGCUGAUGGCAAUAUCGCGAAGCAGAUCGUAUCGUACCAUUCGGGCCUGGGCUCCGGAGACCUUCCGUUCCAAAAGGCCAUAUAUGGCGGCAUCGGCCGGGGUUUGGACGUCGACGUGUGCCAAAUUUAUGAUUUCAUCUCCAAUAACUACGAGCCUGGCGAUGAGUUGUUCUUUUUUGGCUUCUCGCGCGGAGCUUUCACGGUGCGCUCAGUCGCUGGCCUGGUAGCCGACGUCGGUGUCCUCUCUGCAGUGCACAUGUCGCACUUUGCAGAGAUGUGGAAGGCCUACCGUGAGAAUACGGACGGGGAGCCCUUCAAGAAGACACCGUGGUAUCAGCAGAAUAAGGACAAGCUGCGCUUGACGGAUGACCUCAGGAUUAAAGUUGUUGGGGUUUGGGACACUGUUGGUGCUCUGGGAAUCCCUGAAUGGCCGUUGGUAAGAUUUGCCGCAAAAGCUGGCAUCGCAAUCAACAAACAGUACGCAUUUCAUAACACGAACCUAUCAAAAAAUCUGGACUAUGCCUUCCAAGCCCUUGCCAUUGACGAGGAACGGCAAACCUUCCUUCCUACCCUCUGGCACAAGACCCCUGGUGCCCCGGCCAAGGAUCUACAACAAUGUUGGUUUCCCGGCGUUCACGGCAACAUCGGUGGCCAAGCAGAAUGUCCACGUACCGCAGGUGACCAUGAAGAGAUCGGCGACAUCGCAUUCGUGGAUGAGGGCGCGAUCAAAGUACUCAUCAAGCAGCACCAGCAAGCGCUGGCCGAUAUCAACUCCCAAAACAACGUCAUGAACGGCUGGGGCUGCGGACCCAUCGUUUCUAAUUUCUCUGGGCUGCAAGGGGCCUUCUUCCGUAUUCUUGGCAAGCAAGACCGCACGCCGGGCAAUUACCCCCGAGCCCCUGGUGAAGGUAUUGGUGGCGCUACGAACGAGUAUUUCCAUCCGAUUGCCCGGAUACGGAAGAUCAAACUCUCCAGUUACAACCCAAUAUCGCUUUACGGGUAUUCCCUCGAGGAGCCUAAUGGCGAUGCCGGCUGGAAGUGGGUCAGAACUGGCGGACAUGCUGUGCCCGAGUAUGUGAUGCACCCGGAGAAGAAAAUGAGGAUUGAUAGGGAUAAUAGCGUGCGACCUAAGUGA